AUGUCUAAAAACAAACUAUCUUCGCGAAGUAAUCAUGCCGUCUCUUUAACUAGCGGUUCAACUGGAACAUCCUUAUCCAAAUUAUUCUUUCUUUUCAGUUUCUUACCCAAAAUUGUUCAUGCUUUACCAAUUUUCAAUCGAGGCCAACAUGAUUCUUUAGAUCAUAACGAUAUUUUUGAAUCCCAAAAUAUGAGUCCUGAACAGUUUUAUGUUAACUUAUUUACUUCAAUUUUUCUUGUUCUUGCUGGUGGGGUUUUCGCUGGUUUAACUUUAGGUUUAAUGGGUCAAGAUGAAGUUUAUUUAAAAGUUAUUGCUCAUAGUGGUGAAGAAAGUGAACGUUUAUAUGCUCGCAAAGUUUUAAAAUUAAUUGGUCGUGGUAAGCAUUGGGUUUUGGUUACUCUUUUAUUAUCAAAUGUAAUCACUAAUGAAACCUUACCAAUUGUUUUGGAUCGUUGUCUUGGUGGUGGUUGGCCUGCAGUUGUUACUUCGACUGCUUCAAUUGUUAUCUUUGGUGAAAUUAUUCCUCAAUCAAUUUGUGUUAGAUAUGGUUUACAAGCCGGAGCUCUUUUUUCUCCAUUUGUUUUGGUUUUGAUGUAUAUCAUGUACCCAAUUGCUUACCCUUGUGCUUUAUUAUUAGAUCAUAUUUUAGGUGAAGAUCAUGGUACUGUUUAUAAAAAAUCUGGUUUAAAAACAUUGGUUACUUUACAUAAAACUAUGGGGGUUGAACGUUUAAAUCAAGAUGAAGUUACUAUUAUUAGUGCAGUUUUGGAUUUAAAAGAAAAACCAGUUAGUAAUAUUAUGACUCCAAUUGACCGGGUUUAUACUAUGAGUGCUGAUGCCAUUUUGGAUGAAAAAACUGUGGAGGAAAUUUUUAACGCGGGAUUUUCUCGUAUUCCAAUUCAUUUACCAAAUGAACCAAUGAAUUUCAUUGGUAUGUUAUUAGUUCGUGUUUUGAUUAGUUAUGAUCCUGAAGAUGCUUUACCAGUAGCUUCGUUCCCAUUGGCUACAUUACCAGAAACAAGUGCUGAUACUUCAUGUCUUAAUAUUUUGAAUUAUUUCCAAGAAGGUAAAUCCCAUAUGAUUGUUGUUAGUGAAUACCCAGGUGAACCAACUGGUGCUAUGGGGGUUUUAACUUUGGAAGACGUUAUCGAAGAAUUAAUUGGUGAAGAAAUUGUUGAUGAAUCAGAUGUUUAUGUUGAUAUUAAUAAAAAUAUUAAACGUAAACAACCGGGUCCAUUAUCUAAACGUAAUUUGACUUCUUAUUUACACAAUUUAUAUCAAAGAUCAGCCACCAGCUCCAAGAGAAAUUCUUUGGAUUCUGGUAGUGGUGCCUUGACUCCUUUAAGGGAUUCCUUUGUUAAUCCCGUUUCGGCUACUCCAAAUCGUCUUAAAUCUCCGGCCAUUGGUAAUGGGGUUGGUGCUGCAGUUACUUCUCCUUUAAUGGGCGCAGUUGAUACUACUAAAAGUUGGAAGCCUAAAAACCCUGCUUCAAAUCCUUUGGAAACUAACAAAAAAUAUGUCACCAUCAAAAGACCAAAUAUCGAUUCGGUGAAAAACUCAGUAUUGCCAGGACCAAAUCGUCAAGCUCCUGGUAAGGCUAAAACUUAUGGCGCCAUUCAUGCAACUGAAGAAGGUGCUAUAAUGGAAGCCAAGAGACGAAAUUCAUCCGAUGAACGAGAUGCGUCUGAUCAUGAGCAAGAACAAGAAAAUCAUCGUUUCCUUCUACCAGAAGAACGUGAAACCGAUGUUUCUGAAAUCAACGGUAAAAAGAAGGCCAAAAAGGAAAAUGGAACCAACCAAAGGCCUAAAAAUGGGGAUUAUCCACCAAGAACCCAAUCUCCCAAAAACAUCCCCCAAAACGAAUCACAAGAAUAUCAAGAAUCUAGAUCCUAUAGAACCGGUGGUAUUGUUGAAUCGGUUGUCAACGUUCAAGGGGUCCAUAAAACCAUUAUCGAACACAUCUCUGAUGGCGAAGACGACGAUAGCUACAGUAACUACAGUCGAUCGUCCAGAAGACCCAAGAGCGGACAACAAUUUGAUAUUGGCACCGAAGACGAUACCGAGGAAGGCCAAGGAUUACUCUCUGGCUACAGGAAAAAGGGCACUCCUUCCACCAAGAGCAACGGAUCCGACGAGAGUAAGAGCAAGUUCAGUGUUUGGAAGUAG